GGUGGCCUUGCCUGUGACAGGGGAGUUGGAACGUGAUGAUUCUUGGGGUCCGUUCCAACCUAAACCAUUCUAUGAUUCUAUCUAUAAUAACAUGAAGUGAAAAGGGAGUACGUGCCACAGUUGCUAUAUUAAAUUAAAUACUAGAAUUACACUUCAGUAUAUGCAAGUUAAAAUGUUGUUUCCCAAGACUUCUCCCUUUUCUUUUCAACACAGUGGGACUCUGCAGCGUCAGCCAGAUUAGAUUUUGAUUGCCAGCUUUUCAAAAAGGCUAUGCUGGUGGAAGACCAAGGCUGGAGAAGUUGUUGAGAAGUGGAAAUCUCCACUGGAGUCAUAAAGGAAAAACCACUGGCAGUAAGAAAAUAGUACAAGAAGAAAUGCUGGAGCAGCCUAAGCAAGCAGAUCGUGAGGCAAGUGAAAGGAAGUUGCUGUGUUCAACAAGUGGGUUUCCAGAAUUAAACUUGUUACCAUUUUAGAUACAGUUCUUUCUGCUUAUUGAUAUAGUGUAAUUAGCAGCCUGUUUAAUUAAGACAGCUAUUAAAAGAGCAGACCCUUCGUCCUUUACUAGUUUUAUUCUGAAACAGCCACAGAGCAACACGCAGCUGUGUGUCACAUUAAGAAGUCAUCCGAUGUAUUGCUGUAUAAAUUGCUUGUGAAUUAUAUAUGAGAAAAAAAUCAUUCUCAAGAAAUAUUAGACGAGGUCUUACUUGUGUCUACAAGCCUAACUAAUGAAACAUUUUUUUCCUACAUCAUAGUCAAUUUUAAGAUUCAAAUCAUUACCAUAGUAGCCUCUAGCUAGACUGAAAGUCAUUCGGGAUAAUGUGGUUUCAGGAAGGCAUUCACUGUUUAUUCACACCAUUUUCCACUGCUAUCUGACACGUAAUGCGAGAUAUUAGAAUAACAAAAAAGUAUUGUGACUUAUAUGGUUAAGAGGAAAUUGAGUCUGGUGACAUUGACUGUGCACAUGUAAAGGAUGUAGAAAGUGCCCUAGGAGCAAAUAUCACUGUGUUGAGUAAAGGGAACUCCGUGCUAGCUGAAAAUCUCUCUUAUUUAUCAGAAGGGGGGGAGGAGGAAAACAAAAUUUGAUUGUUGAUUUUAUUAUGAUCAGUAUUAUUUAAGAUGACACGUAUAUGUCAGAGACCCAUGAACUUUGAGUGCGGAAAGAUCUGAUGCCACGAAUUGUAUAUUUUUGUGUUGUUAUAAUAUGGUAGUGGAUUGAGACAGCUUGGGCAAGGACUGUGAAUGUUGUAACAAUACCUUCUCAAUAAAAAAAAAAAAGUAAUAUAUAUAUAUAUUUUGUAUUAGUUACUUGUGAAGGUGCCAGUAAUGCAGAACCAGCUGUUGUGGAUGUUGCAGUGUUUCUAUUCUAUUCACAGCAUUCAAGGGGAGAUCUUUUAGAAAUUAGCCCAUUGCUUAUCCCAUCAAAAACUGUGUUUUUAUGAAAAGGCAUUUUGUACAGAUGACCAUAAACCAAGCAUGGCUCAGUAUGCCACAUUCUGUAACUCUGCAGAGUUACACAUCGACAAGAGUUGACAGGGAAACGCUCAUUGUUAAAAGCCAUCCAGUGUUAGCAGAAAUGUGGCACGAAGCAGGUUGAAUGUGUGAUAGCUGAUGGAGCUUUGAAUGUACCCUAUUCAAAUGUGAGAUUCGUAUAGUAAAGCAAUUUGAUGUUUUUUGGGCUGGAGUUUGUUUUGUUUUGCGUUGUGCUUAGCGCAGGCUGGACAAAUCUAGCGCAAUGGUCAUUUCCUGCUGAGUCAGAAUGCAGCAACGCUGUUGGAAUGUGAAUGCAGUGCAGUGGUCCAUGGGAGAUGGUUGUUUUCUGGUCUAUGCUGAAGAAGUGGCUGCAGUUUGGGAAAGCUAGAAUGAUCAAAGAACUUCUACGAGAAGGUGGAAGGAAAGUAUUUUGAUACAUUUUAAAAACCCUACUUUCAAAGCAAGGUUUUUUCCUCUAGCUACUUUGCUGUAUUUUUUUUCCUGAGUGAAUUGCUAACAUUUGUGAAUAUGUGGAUGCUAGACGAGAUAAUGCUUCAGAGCAUUUUAGUAUGUUAUAUUGAAAGAGGCUUCAAAUCAACAACAAAUCUGUUAAGAUAACUCUGCAUUACCUAACAGAAGUUAUUUUAAUAAAUGGGAUUUACCCAAUAUAUUUUUCUAAACAGAAAUCUUAGCGUGUGAAUAUUUCCAUCCAAACCAGAGGAGUUGGAUUACUUUUUCAAAAGAAUUGACUGUAAGGUCUCUCAGCUGUAUUGCUGCUCUACUGAUUUUGUUUCUCUCCCUUCCACCAGUUGUUUCCUGUGUGGAGGAGAACAGGCAAUUCCUGUGCUCCCUACAAGUGAAUCUUUGCAAGAACUUCUUUUUCUUGGAAAAUGGGCACCUGGCUUGAAGGAGAUGCAGUAGAGAGUCCCUAGCAGAAGCUCAAAAUGGAUGACUUCUACUGAUGCUUUUUGACAAUUUCAUCUCCUCUUUUCCUGUCUGAGAUGGCUGAUACGAGCAUCAGGAAAAAUUUCUAAAAUAAGCCUGACGACGUCGCUUUCCCUUAACUCCUCUUUUCACAAAGCUGCAAACCAGCAGACAAAAUGAGCAGUCCACUACAAGAGGAGUCUGCAGAGCCCCAGAGCUCAGAUGAGCUUGAGUGCAAGAUCUGUUACAAUCGCUACAACCUGCGACAGAGAAAACCAAAAGUGCUGGAGUGUUGUCACCGAGUAUGUGCCAAAUGCCUCUGCAAGAUCAUAGACUUUGGUGAUUCUCCUCAAGGAGUCAUAGUUUGCCCAUUUUGCAGGUUUGAAACAUGCCUGCCAGACGAUGAGGUUAGUAGUCUUCCCGAUGACAAUAACAUCCUUCUGAAUUUAGCCUGUGGGGGAAAGGGAAAGAAGUGCCUACCAGACAACCCAACGGAACUGCUGCUGACUCCCAAAAGGUUGGCGUCUCUGGUUAGCCCUUCUCACACCUCUUCGAAUUGCCUGGUUAUAACAAUCAUGGAAGUACAAAGAGAGAGUCCCCAGACUCUGAACUCGACACCCGUGGUGGAAUUUUACAGGCCUACGAGUUUUGACUCUGUUGCAACUGUGUCCCACAACUGGACAGUGUGGAACUGCACAUCUUUGCUCUUCCAGACCUCAAUUCGGGUGCUAGUUUGGUUGCUAGGGUUGCUGUACUUCAGUUCCUUGCCUUUAGGGAUUUACUUACUGGUAUCUAAGAAAGUCACCCUUGGGGUUGUCUUUGUAAGCCUUGUUCCCUCGAGCCUUGUUAUUCUCAUGGUUUAUGGCUUUUGCCAGUGUGUUUGCCAUGAAUUUCUAGACUGCGUGUCUUCUUGACAACAAAUGCAGUGAAAUAAGGUACAUUGCCACAUGUGUAGCAUCGUUGAUUUAGCCUGUCUUUAUAUUCUUAUUUAUUUUUAUUGUUGACCAUCCCACUGAGUGAAAGCAGUGACCCAUGUUAUACGGUUCUUUUUACAAUUUGAUUAUUUAUUGUUUCAUCUUUAUUUUCUUUUCCUUUUAGCUAAAUAAUGACAUAAAAUUUCCGUGUUCAUUUUAAAGGGCUGGGUUGUAGAAAGGGGUAAUGGAAAAUUGCCAAACUUGGUGUCUGCUGCUGUUAUUCAAAUAAGUAGCCCCUUGCUUUUUGUUGGCUAGGUCGUGCAAUAUGAGGGUGCAGGAUCUGCCUUAGGAGAAGUUAGUAUAACAGGCACCUUCCAGUUCAAUGUGUAGCAUCUUUUAAUGCAGAGAAUCUCGUGCUCUGGGAUAUCUGUUAUUUCUGGUAGCAAAUGAAAUCAUUUAGUUAAUAAGAAGAAUAAGGCAAGCUAACAUUUGCUCUUUCCAGUUCUUGUUACAGUAAAAAUAUUUGUGGGGUGCCCAGUGGUCACAGAUUUUUGGUGUUCUACAGCAUGAGGAGCCUUUUCCUCAUGCUAACAACGCAUCUCCAAAACACUUUCCCCAUGCAGAAGCCCACUUUGCUUGUCCAAUAGUUGCAGCUUCAUCUCCUGCAAUGGAUUACUUCCAUUAGCCACGUUUGUUCUCAUCUAGGCGCACUAAAUAAGCGUGUGUAAUUCUUAGCUUCCUUUGAGAGUUCAGAGAUCUGCUAACUUCACUGGCUGUGUUCCAUAACGUUUACCUUCACUCCGAGAGUUUCCACCACCACACCACAUUUCCAACCUUUCAGUUCUUGUAACAAAAGCACGCCUACAUUUAGGUAGCUACACUGGGAAAUUUCCCCUAUGUGACUUUAGCUAUAAUGAUAGAUCUUUUUGCCUGAUCGUGAGGACGUGGACUUUCACUGCCUAACACAUGUUUCAGAAAAAUUCUGAAAUGAUUAAUGCCUGGGGGGUUUUCUGCUUUUUUGAGUGUUUUUUUGUGUUUUUGUUUGUUUGUUUUCCGAUUCCACAGGAUAAGCACUGUGAUAAGUUCCUAUUAUUCUGGGAAGGAUUCUGUUUUGUGCAUAGUCCUUCAAAAUAUUUAAUACUCUGAACUCCCUCUGUCACCAUUGUGAGUUGAUGGCACCCCAGCUGUGGCAAUUAGUGCAACUUGACUAUGUUGAAUUCAGAGGAAUUAGUGGCGUUUUACUAUUCCAUAAAUACAGUCAGGCCCUCUGAGGUUUGCUUGUACGUCGUGUGAUUGAGGCUAAAUUUUCAACUACUGGAAGAGCACAAAAAUAAGAAAUGUUUAAUAUUUGUGUUUAGAACUAAGUCUGGUCCACGCCACAGCUGCAACCUGGUUUUCCUUUGCACAGCGGAGUAAAAUAUGAGAAGCAGCAGAUGAUCAGUGUAAGCACAGCUUUUGGAUCAGGCACGAAAUGGAGUAACGUCAAGGCGCAGUGUAAGGGGAAGGUGGGUUGGUUGCAGGAAGGCUGACUACAUGGCCUAACAAUAUGUUCUUAGAACAAAAUGACUUUGGUAAGAGUGAAAAAUGUUGAGAGGGGGGAAAAGGAGAGCUUAAGUGGUGGUUGUGUCUAUCAAGAGGAUCUGAAGUCAAAUCAGUCCAAUUUUUGUAGCUCGUACAGAUAAUAUCUAUGGUUUCAUUCCUAUUGAAAUCGUAGGAGAAAUGUGAAAUGUGAAGGUCCCGCUUUUCUUGACACUCAAGUUUAUAAUAGUGCAUAUAUGUGUGUGUAUGUAUAUAUAGACACAUAUGUAAGAAGAAAACCUAUAGCAAAAUUAUAGUUUUCAAGUGUGUGGAGUUGCAGAGCUUUGUAUUGAAUGAUUAAAGGAAAUGUUUCAAACUUCUCUGUAAUCACUGGAUAACAAUUAGAACUCAAACAUUUUCAGAAUUCCUAGAAAUGACUAUUCCUAAGUAAUUGUUUUGAUGUUUGUGGUAAAGCAUAUAGAGUUAGAAGAGCUGUAUUCCCCAAUCCCCAUAUACUGCAAGGUCUGACUCAUCUAUGAAUUCAUAAAUUUUCAAUCUCCAACAAUAAUCAUGUCAAAAAAGCAAGAAAGAUAGAAAUCUAUGUGGUUUAAUGGUACUUCAUAACUUUGGGAGAAGAUGUAUUUGUGUGUUAGGGAUUUAUGUGAUUUAGGGUAUGUUCAAUUUGUCUGAAUAUAAUAUCUUCAAUAAAGGGCUGGCUAAUACAGGA